AUGCCCCCUGAAGAAUCCCGCCGGAGGAGGAGGAAAGAAAGAGGAGGUUUCAGCUCACCCCUCGGACGAAUACCUUCCAAAGCAAAAAGUCGUCUCGCUCGCGAGAGCUCCUUCGCGCGACGUGGAGCAAGAAGACGUCCGGCCGCCAAGAACCAGGUUAUCACCGACGUGGGCUUCCGCACCGAGAAGCCGGAGCGCUUCUCGCGUGACUUGGAAUCGUCGCGCGGUGGACGUGGCAACCGUGGUGGCCGUGGUGCUCGUGGCAACGACCGCACUGGUGGCCGUGGCGCCCGUGGCGCUAACGUCCCGAACGUGACGGACAUGAGUGCUUUCCCCAGCCUCGGCUAA